AGUUGUUUGGAGUGGAUGGGUGUAGUUCUUAUAAUCAUUGUUGAAUGUUUUUACUAAAAUUUUAAUUAUAUUAGACAUUUUUUGUCUAAUAAAUAUAUUUAUUUUAAUGGUGGAAAAGUUUUAUAAAAUUGAAAUUAAGUAAGUAGUAAAAAAGUUUUAGAUUGUAUCUAAAACUUGGAGUAGCGUCGGCUUACGUUGUUCAUUUGUUCAAGCUACAGAUAAAUUAAAAAUGUGGUAUCUAUUACUGGGGUGGUUACUAACCACAGCUAAUUGUCAACAACCUCAAGAUGACACUUCGGAAAAUGUACCAUGGAAUCGUUAUGAUGAUCAAAAUCAAAAUCUUUAUCCGUCCUAUCGAAAUCCUUCCGGAAAUGAUAAUAUAAUUCUAAAAGAAGCAACAUAUUUUAUUGUGGCUUCGAAAAUGUGCCGCCCAGGACAAGUGUAUCGUAUAGCUGUGAAUGUUUUACGAAGCAAUUUACCAAUAACAGUCCGAGCAUCUAUUCAACGUAAUGGUGUAGAAAUGGCAGCAGAUGAUAAAGAUAUUAAGGAAGGAGUUCCAGAAAAUUUAAUGCUUAAAAUGCCUCCUACUUCAAUUCAUGGUGAAUAUAAACUACGUGUCGAAGGUCUUUAUAAUGGCUUAACUGGUGGACAAGCUUUUUAUAAUGAAACGAAACUUAUGUUUUCACAAAAAUCUAUGUCUAUUUUCAUCCAAAUGGAUAAACCAGUAUAUAUGCAAGGUCAAAAAGUUCGAUUUAGAGCAAUACCAAUAAAUACAGAAUUAAAAGCUUUUAAUAAUCCAGUUGAUAUAUUCAUGAUGGAUCCAUAUCGAAGAAUUAUGAGACGUUGGUUGAGUAGACAAAGUAAUCUUGGAACAGUUUCUUUGUCAUAUCAACUAUCAGAUCAGCCGGUUUUCGGUGAUUGGAUAAUUCAAGUUGUUGCACAAAGUCAAAUAGAAGAAAAAACGUUUACUGUUGAAGAAUAUUAUCAAACGCGAUUUGAAGUUAAUGUGACCAUGCCUGCCUUUUUUUUCGAUAAAGAUCCGUAUAUUCACGGAAUGGUUCAAGCAAAUUACACAUCUGGUGCUCCUGUAAGAGGUAAUUUAACUUUAAAAGCCAGAAUUACACCACUGAGUAACUAUCGAAUUAUAAAUACUCAGCCUGUAGAACGUUACUUUAAUUUUAAUGAAUAUUAUCCAUCAUGGUUCAAAAAUCCUGAAGUUUACCAAGAUUAUCCGGUUCUCAGAAUGUUCAAUGGUACUUAUCAAUUUCAAUAUCCAAUGCAUGAACUACUGACAUAUGCGUCUAUUUCUGAAGGUUUAGAAGUUCAAAUUAUUGCCACUGUGGGUGAAAGUUUUUUGAACGAAGUAAUUGUUGGUUAUUCUACUGCUAGAAUAUUUAAUUCUACUGUUCGUAUACACUUUUCUGGAGGUUCACCACAAAUAUUCAAACCUGCUAUGCCUUAUACAUUUAAUAUUGUAGCUUCUUAUCAUGAUGGAUCAUCUUUAAAUCCAUCAAAGUUAUGGAGUCCCCAAAUGUCAGUACGUGCAGAGAUAGACUCAAAAAAUGGAGGUCGUAAAACCCUAGAUACUCAAUACUUGAGACCUUCCGCGGAUUCAGCAAUCUGGACAAUGAAACUUGAUUUAAGACAACAAUUGAAUCUGAUAGAUAACAGCAAACGUAGUCAACAAGUGUUAAACGAUAUUACAUCUGUUAGAUUAUAUGCUACUUUUGUCGACGGUGAAGGAGAAAGUGCUAGAGCUGAACUUCUUCUUUUGGCCCAUGAUUCACCAGGUAAUAAACACAUCAAAAUCACUACGUCUUCAAAACAUCCUAAAGUUGGUGAAUAUUUAGUACUCCAUGUUCAAACGAACUAUUAUAUUGAAACUUUUAAUUAUAUUAUCAUGUCAAAAGGAAUUAUUCUUCUUAGUGGUCAAGAUAUCAUGGAAUCAGAUAUUAGAACAUUUUCUAUUCCUUUAAGCCCGGAUAUGGCACCCGUUGCAACUGCUGUUGUCUAUCAUGUUGGUAAAUACGGCGAAGUAAUUGCUGACUCAUUAACAAUACCAAUUAAUGGUAUUUCUGGUAAUAAUUUCACUAUUUAUAUUAAUAAUAGAAAAGCAAGAACCGGAGAAAAAGUUGAAGUUGCAAUUUACGGUGAACCUGGUGCGUAUGUAGCUCUUUCAGGGGUUGAUCGAGCUUUUUAUUCUAUGCAAGCAGGUAAUGAAAUUAGUUAUGCUAAUGUUAUUUCGCGAAUGGCGGAUUUUGGUGAAGAAACCAAUGGUACACAUACUCAUUCUUGGUUCCACCAUAGUGGUGAUCCAGAUCAUGCAGUUUUCUUUCCGUCAUCAACUCUUGGUAUUGAUGUUAAUAGAACUUUUGAAUAUAUUGGAUUAGUAGUGUUUACUGAUGCUUUCAUUUAUCGAAGAUCUGAUUUCUGUAAUAGGAGUUUGGGUCUUGAUGAAUGUUUAAAUGGAAAGUGUUAUAGGCUGGAAAAGAAGUGCGAUAAUGUUGUAGAUUGUGAAGAUGGAAGUGAUGAAGCAAGAUGUGUAACUCGUAAUGAAACUGAUUUAGCACUCUUCCGUAAGAAUCGAUUUAACCGAAUCCAAAGACAAUAUGAAAAUGUCUGGUUAUGGAAAGAUGUUAAUAUUGGACCUCACGGCAGAUUUAUUUUUGAUAUUGAGGUACCUCGUCGACCUGUCCAUUGGAUGGUUACAGCAUUUAGUAUGAGUCCAAGUCGAGGUUUCGGAAUGUUGCGGAAAGCAAUUGAAUAUACUGGAGUUUUACCAUUUUUCAUUAACGUUGAAAUGCCAACAGAAAGUCGUCAAGGUGAACAAAUUGGUAUUCGUGUCUCUGUUUUCAAUUAUUUAAAAUACAAUAUUGAAGCUACUGUAGUGCUAGCAGAUUCUCCUGAUUAUAAAUUCGUUCAUGUUGAAGAAAAUGGGUAUGUUAAUUCAUACAGUCCGAGAACAUCUUUUGGAGAACAUCAAUUUUUCAUUUGGAUUCCUGCUCAAGAUGCAGCAAUUGUAUAUUUACCAAUAGUUCCUGUAAGAUUGGGUGAUAUCAAAAUUACAAUUUAUGCCCAGACAAUUAUUGGAAGAGAUAAAGUAGAACGAACUCUUCAUGUUGAAGCCGAUGGGCUUCCGCAAUAUCGCCAUCAGUCUAUAUUAUUAGAUUUAAGUACAAGGAGUUUAUUCCACCAUUAUAUGCAUGUAAACAUUACUGAUACACCUAUUGUAAAAUAUGCUGAAGAUCGUCUAUACAUCUUUGGCUCUAAUAGAGCUACAAUAAGUGUAGUAGGUGAUGUUUUAGGGCCUAUCUAUCCCACAAUGCCAGUAAAUGCAACAAGUUUAUUACAUUUACCAAUGGAUUGUGCGGAACAAAAUAUGUUUAGUUUCGCUGCAAAUAUGUAUGCUACGAUGUACAUGCGUUUAAUCAAUCAACGAAAUCUUACUCAAGAGAAAGAAAGUUUUGAAUUUAUGAAUAUUGGUUAUCAACGACAGCUAUCAUUUAUGACUUUGAAUGGAUCUUUUAGUUUAUUUAGAAGUGAUUGGAACCAAUCAGCAUCUAGUGUGUGGCUAACAGCAUUUUGUGCUCGAAUAUUUCAAGAGGCUAGUUUUUAUGAAUGGGAAAAUUAUUUAUACAUUGACCCUAAAGUAAUUUCCAAGGCUGUAGAAUGGGUUUUAGCACAUCAAACCGAAUACGGAGCUUUUUAUGAAGUUACGUGGUUACCUGACAGAAAAAUGAAUAACACGAAAUUCGAUGAAUAUGAUUAUGUCCGUUACAGAAAUAUUAGUCUUACAGCUCAUGUAUUAAUAACAUUGGAAACGGUUAAAGAUCUUACAGGAGAGCUUGGUACUCAAGUUGCAUUAAGUGCAUCAAAAGCAGUUAAAUGGCUAGAAAUAAAUCUGAAACUUUUGGAAACACAAGGAACACCAUAUGAAUGUGCUAUUGUUGCUUAUGCCCUUUUACUUGCUAAAUCUUCAGCUGCUGAACAAGCUUUUAAUAUUCUUGCUACAUUUGCCAAGAGAGAAGGAGAAUUUAUAUAUUGGGGUCGUCAAGAUGUUCCUUUGCCACCUGUGAAAAUGGAAAAUCAAAAGCCGUAUUCUUUACCGCGUUUGCCUUACGAAUAUGACUGUGAAAAUGUUGAAACAACAGCUUAUGCUCUGCUUGUUUAUGUUGCUCGUCAAGAAUCUAAUCUUGAGGGCAUAGUUAAAUGGUUAAAUUCACAGAGACUCACUGAUGGAGGUUGGGCAUCUACUCAAGAUACUGUGUGGGCGAUGAAAGCUCUCAUGGAAUAUACAGUUAAAUCAAGAAUUCGUGACGUUAGUAAGCUUUCUGUUGCUGUCGAAUCAACUGCAUUAGGUGGAAGACGUCAUACGUUCAAUGUGAAUGAUCGUAAUUUGGUUAAGCUUCAAACUCUUGAGAUACCCGAAGCUUGGGGAACCGUUAAAAUUGAGGCUACUGGGAAUGGUUAUGCAAUUCUUCAAAUGUCGGUGCAAUAUAAUGUCGAUUUACCAAAAUUCCAGACUCAACCUCCAGUUAGAGCUUUUGACUUAAAUGUUAAACAUCAUCCUUACGGAAGAAAUCAGUCUCAUAUUACUUACAGAAGUUGUCAAAGGUGGACUAACACAAAUGAAUCCGUCCGGUCUGGAAUGGCUGUAUUAGAUGUUACAAUACCAACAGGUUAUAUUAUUCAACAACAAAAUUUGGAUAGAUAUACUCGUUCUGGAAUAGUGCGAAAUUUACAACGAGCCAAAUAUCAAGAACGAAAAGUUUUAUUUUAUUUUGACUAUUUAGAUAGUGAAGAGACGUGUGUUAAUUUUACUGUUGAACGCUGGUACCCUGUAGCUAAUAUGUCGAGGUUUUUAGCAGUUAGAGUAUAUGAUUAUUAUGCUCCUGAACGAUUUAAUGAAACAAUUUUCGAUUCAUUAUCAACAUAUCUUUUAAGUAUUUGUGAAGUUUGUGGUAGUUCGCAAUGUCCAUAUUGCCCAAUAUAUAAUGCGGCUACACUUCUCUCUUCACCAACAUCAACAAUACUUAUUGUUUCAGUAUUUUUAGUGACUUUAAGAUAUGUCAAAACACAAGAAUUCAGUAUAGGAUAAUGUUUAAAAUAAACAGAA